GUCAGUGUCAGUGAGAUGUUCAAGACCAUUACUGAAAGUCAGUAAAUGCAUAAUAUUCUAUUAUUCUAAUUGUCAAACAUCGAUAUGUGUUCGGUUAUUAAAAUUUCUAUGAGAAUUCGAUAUAUUGAUAUUAGUUACAAUUUCCUCUAGUGUCUAUAGUGCUGCGGUCCAUGUUCCUAGCAGUUUAGUUAUAAUUCGAAUAUGGCUCAGACAAAUAUAGAUGAAACUGUUGCCAAAUAUGAUCGUUUUAUCAACGAUGUGUUGAAAGAAGAUUUGCGAAUAUUGCACCUGAAGUUACAACAUGUGAACGCUGAAGUUUCUGAUUUGAUACAGCAAAAACAUACAUUAAGAGUGCUAUUGGACAAAAAUGUGCACCCAAACGGAUUUAAAUCUCAAGUCAAUAUCGGAUGCAAUUUUUUUAUGGAAGCCACGGUGACGGACACUUCAAGAUUACUUAUGAAUAUCGGACUAAACCAUUACUUAGAAUUGUCAGUUGAAGAAGCCUUAAAAUACUUGGAUGCUAGAAUUAAAGCCUAUGAAUUAAAAUCAGAAGAACUGUGUAAUAAGGCUGCUGAAACUAAGGCACACAUUAAGUUGAUGUUGUUUAAUGUUGGUGAACUAGAAAAUCAAAAAUACAAGAAGAAAAGUUGAUAUUUGUGAAAAUUAUAAUUAUUUGUUUGUUUUCUUUGUAAAUUAUGUCAACAUAUCCAAUAAGCAAAAUAUGAAAAUACAUUUUAUAAAUUUAUUA